CAAAAAGCUAUAAAUAGUCCAUGGAGCAGCGCGGCGGUUCCGUCCAAUAGACGACAAGAUGAUGAAGGCUGAGAAAGGUGUUGGAGCUGGACCGCAGCAGGUGUUCAGCUGCGCCCACGCCGGCUGUGGAGCCAGCUUCCCGAGGGAGUGGAAACUAAAGCAGCACGAAACGGCGCACACCGGGGAGCGUCCGUGCGCGUGUCCAGCACCCGGGUGUGGUCGCCGUUUCAAGAGAACAUCCCAUCUGAAGACGCACAUGCUCCAACACAAAGGAGUCAAAGGCUUCCCAUGCAAGUUUGCGAAUUGCGCAAAGAGUUUCUUUAAUGCGCAAAGACUGAAGAAACACCAGAAAAGCGCGCACGGGGACCACAAAUUCAAGUGUAAUCAACCCAAGUGCUCCUUGACCUUCAAGAAGCGCCGACUGUUGAAGCUGCAUUUAAAGGAGCACGAUGUGCUUCCGAACUUCAAAUGUUCCAACACUGGAUGCAUGAUGACAUUUGACUCUCACAUUGCACGAAAAGCCCAUGAGAAGAAGCAUGCAGGUUAUCGUUGCCCUGAGAAAGACUGCCAGGUUGUUGAACACACCUGGAGCAAACUCUCCUUUACCUGUGGAGUCUGCAAGAAGACGUACAACAAAGCUGGUGCUCUGCGGAGACACAAACGGACCCAUGCUUCCCACAAACCCGUGCUGCUGUGUCCAAGACCCAACUGCCAGGCCUACUUCACCACGACCUUUAACCUGCAGCAUCACAUCCGCAAAGUGCACCUCCAGCUCCUUAAAUAUAAAUGCAGCUUCCCCGACUGUCCGCGCACAUUUGCGAUGCGGGAGAGCAUGCACCGACACCUGGUUCGCCACGAUCCAAGUGGCAUCAUUUCAAAGAAACGUCCCAGGGAGAAGAAAUCCUGGCAGAAGCGUCUGAACGGACACAACCAGCCGUCCGUGGAGGAAAACCUGCAGCGGCUCUUCGCGCUGCGCAUGCGCAUCUCCAGACGCGCUAAAGUGGAAGCCAACCUCGCGGGUCUCUUCAACGAGCGCAAGAUCCCCCAUUUCGUCGACCCUGAGGUCAACCUGCGUGACCUGUUUGGCAUCAGACCCCCCAGACUUCCAGAAAGCCCGACGGUGGCACCAGUUAACUGAUCAAAUCUGCACUUUCAUUUAUUUACAGGAAAUUGGGUCCUUUAAGUUUUUAUUAGUCGCUUUGUGUUGUGCACCAAAGAAUGUUGAAAUGCAAUUUCCUUCAAAGUAAAAGGCUAAAUGAAAGAGCUUUGUAACGUCGUCUUUGACCCAAUAAAAUGAGUUUGGUUUUGCUCAAA